AUGGCCGGCGACCACGAUACGUACCACCCCAAGGACGCCAUCAAGGCAGGCAUCUCGUCCUCCGUCGCCCUUGGUGGUGCCGGUUUCUUCAUUGCCGCUGUCCACAAUGCCCUCCAGAAGCAGAAUGUUGGCGCCAUGUCCGUCUUCACUCGUAGCGGCGGCAUUAUCGCCGUAAUGGCGAUCGGUGGCGGCGCAUACGGCUUCACAAAGUCGGCAAUGGCCAACCUGAGAGAAAAGGAUGAUCCGUGGAACACCGCGACUGCCGGCUUCGUCGCCGGUUCAAUCCUCGGAAUGACAACCAGAAGAAUGCCCGUCGUGCUUGGCCUGGGUGCUGCCUUCGGCGCAUGGCAAGGAGUUUUCGAGGUCACCGGCGGACGCCUUAGAGGGUGGGACACGGCCGAGGUAGAGGAAGCCGAGUUCGAUGGCAAGAUCGCUCAGCGCGCUGCCAAGAGACGCCCGAUCGAGGAGACGAUUGCAGAGCUUGGCGAGGGCCGUGGUAUUAGGCCGCCGGGCUACGAGGAGCGGAGACGCGAGCGGCUCAAGGAGAAGUACGGAGUUGAGAUCAACCCCGUCAAGGCGACUGUCGAGUAA